AUGAGUAUCCAUACUAUUGUUAGCUUUAUCUUCUUGAAACUUGUUGACCCUUCUUGUAUUCCAGACCCAAAGAAAAUAAACGGAUAGCUCAUUAAAACUGAAAAUGCUUAUCCUAAUGGUGCUCCCAUUAUCAAUCCUAAUCCCAUUCCUGCUUCUAAGUAUCCUAUUGCUUCUCCUCUAUUUUAAUUAAACUCAGAUGAUACAAUAGCAUAACCUUUUGCUUAAAAGAAUAAAAUAGCUUACAAGUAACAUAAAUAUGACCAUCAGCAAAUCCUUGAUAAAAUCUAAAUAGCAUAGUGA